UUUCCCCCUUAAAAAACAAAAUCCCUGUUCCAAAUUUCAUCAGCGUCCCUUCAGCUCUUUGACGUGAUUGAGAACUAACAUACACAAACCCACUCACUCGCAUAUAUUUUAUAACGACGCCCGUUGACAAGGACGUUGAUAAUAGGUUAGCAAGAUACACAUGUUCAUUUCAAACCUUAAUGUCACAUGUUCACAACCUACACGAAAAAGAGAAGCCAAAAAAUUAAAAAAAUAAAAAUAAUAGAAAAAUAUCUAAACGUCAACCCCAUCUGUCACCGCCAUUUUUUCUAUUUACGCUACAAAUCGACGUCGAUAACGCAACAAAAUGCACAUUAGCUACAAUAAUAUAAAAUUAUUCCGUGUGAACGUACCGAAAUUCAUAUAACAAAUAAAUAUGGCGUGUCACACAAAGAUCGCCAAUAAAAUGAAAGAAGAUGAAUUGGCAAUCAAAGGAACUCAUUUAUUGGGUCCAAGUGUGGAAUCAAAAUUCGACGAAUUGAAGUACGAAGUGAUACAUAAGAUAGACAAAGAACUCACGGACUCUCAGAAUGCGAGAGACUACAUUUCUCAAAAAUACGAUGAGCUUUGCAGCAAGAUACAGUACUUGACGGAGUUGGAUGCUACUGUGACUGGUUUCCGAAGUGACGUCAAGGCUAUAGAGAAGCAAAUCACUGAGCUGUCGUUGAGAGUCGAUGAUAUCGAGAAGAAAACUAUUUGUAGAGAAUGUCCUUCGCUUACGUCGUCCAUGUUUUAACAAAUAAAUUGUUUUUUUGUAUAGAUUUUGAGCUUUCAUUUACUCUUUACUCCUUUUUAG